AAGUUGCAUGUGCAAAACUUAGAACGGCAGCUUCAACUGCAAAUGCAGCUAAACCAAUUACAGCCGCAAGUACCACAGGCGUCCCAACCUGAAUCUCGGGGACCAAAACAUAUGGGAAACGUGACCCUGCAGAGGUUCGAGGGAAGAGGUGAAAAUCCUAUCAAGUUUUGGAGUCUCUUCAUCCAGUAUUGCACCUUGUUCAGGUACACGGAUAGCGACACAGUUGGCGUUUUCCCACUGCAUGUUUCCAGCACUGUUCAAGACUGGUUUUAUUCGCUGGAGGAAGGCGUUCGUAGGAACCUGCAGCGUCUGAAGGAGGCGUUUUUGGAGAGAUUCCAAAGACGAAACUUAGAAUACAGCCUCCAGCACAUAAAGCAAAAUCAGUCUGAAUCGGUCGACGACUACAUCAAUAGAAUUCUGGCACAAACUUCCGACAGCAACGUUCCAGAAGCCAUCCUGGUGAGCAUGCUAGUUGGAGGAUUGAGGCCAGAUCUCGCAGCAAUAGUAAUGCCUCAAGUACCAAAGACCCAUCAACAGUUUUUGGCUGCAGCCUCGAUUGCGGAGAAAACGGUCCAGAUGACGACGGCAAAGCCUAUUGAAAAUCUGACUUUGCAGGUAGCCAACAUAGCCAGUAUGGAGGACAGACUGUCGGCCAUGUUGACGGACAAACUUAGCAGUAGCGUCGCCGAAAUGUCAGCCAUACAGGCCCACAACAAUAACCAGUCAAAUGGACCGUACCAAAGACAAAACUAUCCCCAACGACCGAAAACCAAUUUCCAGCAACGGAACUACCAGCGUCCACCGAGUUCAUCGUGUCAAGGAUGUGGAAAUGUAACCAGUCGAUUUAACCUAAUGUUAAUGUUUAUCGUUAUGGUCAUACUACCACUCAGCAUCGUCGGAGGACACAUGACAGUGCAAGCAAGCAAUGCAGAAGAAGAUAUACACCGACUAAAUUAUGGUGUACUUUUUCAAAAACAACCGUCAUUAUAUUUAUCACGUGAAUAUUGGCUUCACACUUUUGAAGUAGAAUUACCUAGUAAUAUUUCAAUUCAAAGCAUACCUGCAUGCACUUCUGCUGUAUCAACUUGUUAUUUAUUUAACUCAAUCAUUUUUCAUGUUAAUGUAUUAAAGGAAAACACAAUGACAUUUACUCAUCGAACACUUAUGGAAAUUUUUGACAUGGUUCCAGAAACAGAUUUGAACCCACAAAAACGUAAAUCUCGUGCUUUAUUGCCCUUCAUUGGUUCGUUAAGUAAAAGUUUCUUUGGAACAGCAACCAUGGACGAUGUCAACCUUUUGGCUAAUCACAUAAAUAAAUUGAUAAAAAGAGAUAGACAAAUGAGUCAUGCUUUGGAACAACAUGGUUCACACAUUUCAUCUUUUAUGAAAGUAGUAAAUCAUAGAUUUGACAAGUUAAAGGAAGGCAUGAAUCUAAAUCAUCUAUUGGCCAAUCAAAUCUUGUCUUCAAAUAAACAUUUUGAAAUAUUGAUGACAAAUCUGUCCAUGGUAGCAUUCGAACAAAUCAGUAAAGCUAAUGAAAUUCAAGUUCAAUUAGUAAAUACUCUUUCUUCAAUUCAGUCUCUCAUAAAUGGUAAAAUCACACCUCAUUUAAUCCCAGAACAUGUUUUGAAGAAGACAAUAAACGGUAUCUUUGAUAUCUUGAAGACAGAUUAUCCUCAAUUUCAUUUACUUCAAAACAAACCAUCUAUGUAUUAUCAGAAUGCCAAAUUUUUUUUUACAAGGCAUCAUUCAAGGUUAUAUAUCACAAUGAAAUUUCCAAUUUCAUCAUUUUCAUCAGCUUUAACAUUGUACAAGAUUUUGUCUUUUCCUCAUCCUAUCAGUCAAAAGAAUACAACAAAAGCUUCUCAAAUACUUGAUUUACCAACUUAUGUUGCAAUAACGGCUAAUCAUCGUCAUUUUACAACUUUUAAUUACGAAACCUUGUACAAUUGUGAAUUUGAUAGGUACAUCACAUGUGAUGUUUCGUUACCCAUUCAAACUAUUAAAACGUCAAGUUGUAUUUUUGCAUUGCUACAUGAUAACAAAUCAGUAAUUUUUGACCAAUGUAAUUUCAGAUUGUUACCAGAAUUGACAAAACCAAAUAUUUUUGAAUUAUCACCGGCAUCAAUUUUAUUGACGAAUGCUAAAGAGGUAACUUUGAAAUGCCCCAAUAAAACAUCAACAUUACCAGGAUGUCAAUUUUGCAUUCAAAAUAUUCCUUGUAGUUGUACUCUACAAACUUCAACAAUAACAUAUCAUCCUCGUUUGGUAAAUUGUCUGGAAAAGUUACAAGAAAGUACAAGAUUGUAUCCAAUAAACUUAGCAUUAUUACAUGCAUUUUUUGGUUUUGACAAGGUAAAAUCUUAUUUUGGCAAUACAUAUUUCAAAACUGCAGUAAAUAUAUCGAUUCCGAAUUUUAAAUUGUACAAUCAUAAGUUUAAUUCAAUUUUAGCGUCAGAUAUUAAAGACCACUUAAAUUUGAAGAAAAUUGCUAAAUCAGCUAAAAAGGAUGAGACUAUUUUUCAAAAUUUAGCAGAACCUUUACUCGAUGGUCAAAUAACACUUGAUUCGAACUGGCCAGACACUAACGGUUAUUUAGCAAUAGCAUCAAUAACUAUUGGAGGAAUUUCUUUUAUAGGUUUUGUUUAUAUGUUUUUACAAUUCAGAUCUUUAAGAACUUCACUUUUGAUUUUACAACAAGUUCAUAAUGUACAUUCAGAGUCAACAGUACCAUCUUUUCUUUUUGAAGCAGUCACACAAACAACUACACAAUCAUUUCUAGACUCAGCUAUUUUAAAAGAAUUUACUUGGGUACAUGGAUCUUUAAUAGUAGGAGUUUUAAUUUUAAUACUUUUAAUCUGUGUUUUAGUUUGCCUAUUCAAACAUAAAUCUCAUAACACAACUAUAAUGUUAGAAAUUACUUCAGGAGGAUCAUGUGCUACCAUUCCAGUUACAUCAUUUCCAUUGUGUCCUUCUUAUUGGGAUAUUCAACCCCCGGUCACUAUUCAGAACGUUCAAAUUUGUAAUUUCCCAUUUGGAAAACUUUCAGUUGAGUGGCCAGGAUUCAAAGUCAUAAAUAAAUUGACAAAACAAAGCUUAACAGUUAAAACAUGUUUCAAAGUUGGUUUGUUUAAUUAUUUCAAAGUAAGGCGAAUAAUCAACCAACCAUAUUGUGCUUACAUAUUGAUUGUACAUCAAGGAUUAGCUACACCUUUACAAGAAAAUCAAGAACCUUUAAUUCCCAAAAUUCCACAGUAUCAAGAAUUUCAAAACAAUCUGUACCCAAAUUUAGAACCUUAUUUAUAGGCAGUCAAGCAAGGCAUGACGUUUAAAAAUAAACAGUAUCUAUUCAUGUCUUAUGUAUAUAUUUGUGUUUGUUUAAUUAAUUUGUUUAUAUAUGUCUAAUAUCUACUAGUUUUAUAUUGAUAGCUUGUGUUUUUAAUACCGUUAUCGUUGCCAAGCGGAUGUUACAUAACAUUUUACGAUAUUUCAUUAUCAGAUUCCAGAUAAUCCUAUGUGCGGACAUUUAAUAUUCAUUUCAGCAGUGACUUUGAACCAGUGUGGACAUUUAAAUAUGUGAACAAUUAAUAUAGUGAAAUUUGGACAAUAAUUUUACCGAAAGUGAACAAUAUCUCAUAUAUAUACUUAUUUUGUGUCAUGCAUUUUAUUACAGAAUUGUUGUUGUGUGCUUUGAGGACAAAGCAAAUUUUUAAGAAGAGGGUAAUUGUGAGGAAAUAAAUUUUACUUUAUUUUUGGUAAAACGGACAAUCCAUAAUUUGAGAAUAUUUUUCAUUAAAGCGACUUGAAAUUAAAGUUGUAAAGAAUUGAUUAAAUUCAUUUGUAAAUAUACUUAAUAAAGUAAGUUACGUUAUAACGGUCACUAUAGAUAAAUGUUGUUAAAGGUCAAUAUAACAUGUCAAGCCUCAAGCUAAGUUAAACACUUUACAAGUUCGUUAUGCAACUUUUCUUCGGUCAUAUCGAAUACACAGAUAAUUCAAUUGAUAUAUGGAUUGAACUUUAUCCAGUUACGAAUAAUUAAAUAAGACAUCAAACAAAAUACGUGAUGUCCAUGUAUAUUAAAUAGCGGUCAGUUGGGUGUUUCCAACAACAAAAAUGUGAGGAGAAAAGAAGGAAAUUUAGCAAGAAAUUAUUAUAAACUGUUAGCAAAAGUAUUAAACAAAUAACUUAAAUGGGCCUCAGUUUAUUGCUAACGAAAGUACUAUAUAAACCUGUUUCGCCCAACGCUAGGCACUUCGGUGUUGCGGCAUAUUAAAAUAUUAGAAACUUCAUUUCUAUUAUUCACAGGUUAGUUGAACUAUUUUAUUUAAGUUUUAAGCAGUAAACUGAGUACUCGAUAAAGAUACAGUAUUUUUAUAUUAUCAUUUAUUCAAAAGCAAAGUUAAUUCAAAUCAUUAAAUUACUUGGUUUAAAUGUUUAUGCAAAGUUGUGUCAAUAUCAGAUAAACAAUAAAUGCAAUAUUUAAUUAAAUAGACUAGAACAUAAAUUCUCUUUCUAUUAUCAAGUUUAAAUGGACAACUUAUUUACAUAAUUUAAGAUGUUAACCUCAUAAGGUCAACCGCUUAUUUAUAUAUAUAUAAUGGAAACUUCUUCAAUUAUUCUUUAUCUAUAUUUGUUAUGUUUGUAUAUAUUAUUAUGUAUUGUUAAUUGUAAUACAUGACUUCGGUGUUGCGGCAUAUUAAAAUAUUAGAAACUUCA